AUGAGCCCUUCCGGUGCAGCGCGAACGCUCGUCUGGGUCGGCGUGGUGCUCGUUGCGGGUACUCAGAUACUCCUGGCAGCAGUGCAAAAGGUGGUUCAGGUUCCUCUUCCUGGGUCGUCGCCCGCAGCCGGCUGCUUGAUUGCGCGCACUAUCGCGUGGAUGGCCUGGGCUCCAAACGCAGUUAUUCUGGCCUUCGACACAGCUGUGUUGAUCCUCACGCUGCACACGACGCUGCGAGGUUUGCACUGCUUUGGUCUCUCCCCCGAAGGCUUUGAACAAUAUUGCGAGCAGCUGGCCCCUACCACGCGCACGUACUUCCAGUCUGCCGUAUUCUACUACCUCAUCAGUAUUCUGUGCCUCGCAGCAGAAGUAGCGUGGUCGAUCUUGAAGCCAGGUCCGAAUCCGUUCGCUGCCGUGUGAGUAUGAGUCGUGCGCAUGGCCCAGACGUCGACUGAUUGGCGUGACGAAUGUUCUUGCAGGCAUAUCUGGCUGUCCCUGACGAUUGGACCUCGAGCGCUGCGUUCGCUGAAGCUUCAGAGCAGCCAAGCAUCGCCAAUCGAUCGUGAUCAUAGCCAAAGGAAUACGAUACCUCCCAUCUCUGGACUGGUUCGUCUUGACUUGACCAGCCCUCGCCAAUCUGAACUCAUUUACCAAUACCCUUCGGAGGUCUACGUCAGUCCUAAGAAUACCGUUCUGAGCGGCUUUGGAUCAGUCCGACCGCCUCCUGCCUUUGCGGGCUACGUAAGCCCAACGAAGCACCAUAGCUCCAUCUGGUCGCGCGAGUCUGCCAGAUACCCCACCGAGCCUCCGGUGCAACCAGCCGAGCCUCAAGCACAUCUGUACUGGCCUCCUGCACACCUUGCCGAGCCUACCGUAUAUCGAGCCGAGCCUUCCGUGUAUCGGGUCGAGCCUUCCAUAUAUCUAACCGAGCCCUCCGUAUACCUAAGCGAGCCUCCAGCGCAUCCGGCUGAGCCUAUCGCACCUGCCGUCGAAGAGCGCCGACCAUCUUCUCGCCUUUCCAGCCUGCGCGCUGCUAUUCAGAAUUUCCGUAUCAGCCGCUCAACCCUCAGAGAUCGCCCACCUCGACUUCCACCCAUCUACAACUUGCGUGGCGAUCGACCGAAGUGGCUAUGA